AUGGAACAAACACAAAUUGAACCACCAUUUCAAAGAGAAAUGAGAGGAGUCAUUUCUACAGCAAUAGAUGAAAAUAUUGAUGCACUAGAAGAGACUCUUAUUGGUAUUAAAGUAACACCUGCUAAUGUUAUAUACAAUGCUAUUGACUCAUACGCAGAUUAUAUAUCAAGUAUAUUAGAUAACAAAAUCACGGAAUUAAUGAAUCACCAUUUAGGAAGUGAAGAUACAACGCCAAUAACACCACUUAUUUCCAUUGAACCUAUUAUAGAAGAAUUAAAUUAUACUAUGAACGCAACAAAUAAAAAAGAUACUCAACCACAACAAAAUAUUUCUAUGACAAAAAAAAUCAAUGACCUUUUACUAAAUGAUUUAAAAGAGACAGAACAAUUAUUUAUUGAAUUAGAAACUCACUUUCAUUAA